CAGAUGGAUGCUAUGAUUAAAUUGGAGAAGUAAAAUAAGAAACAGAAUCUUGAAUUGAAUCUAUUAUGGCAAUAAUUAUAUGAGAUGCAGUGCACAUUUGUAAUUCUAUAUUAAUUCAUUUAGUAAUAAAGAAAUAACCCCUCGAAGCAAAGUUUUGAAGACAGGUUUUCGUAUUCGGUGUUUUUGAAUCUUCUUCCGUAUCUUUAUUUGCAUGAUAUUUUGAAAUUGAGAUUGAUGAACAGCAAGAUGAAGGAAAUAAUAACCAAUUAUUUGUUAUAUUAUCGGUUAGAGUAAAAGAAGGCAAUUUAACAAUUGGAAGUUGACAUUUAAGAAGAGAAAGAGAAGCUUCCAAUAUUAUAUAACGAGAUCUUAGAAGCAUUGAUAAAGCAAUCCAAAAAUUAUACUUAAGAAAUAAUUAAGAUGAAUUACAAGGGAGUUAAUCAGAUGCCAACUUACACACCUUUGUUAGUGAUGCAAGUGGCAGAAUGUGAGGGAAUUGAACUAUUCAAAAUAAUUCCAGAAGAGUUGAUGCAGUUGAAAAAUUAUUUAAUAUUUCUUGAUUUCAGCAAAUACACAGAUUAGAGAAGGAAUUAACUUUUGGAAUUUUACUAAGGCAAGUUGCAAUAGACAAAUCAAUUGGAACACCAAAUGAAUGUUUUAGAUAAAUCUGAACUCAUUUUUUCGAGGAUGGCUAUGAUGUGGUUGAAAUAGACCUACUAUCAAGACACAUACAAACAAUUUAGAUCGAUUAUGAUACUCAUAAAAGAGAAGGAGAAGUUGGGAUAGUUGGUUAGAUAAUUGAAGAUGAUUAAGAAGAAGAAGGAAAAGUAGAGAUUAGCCUGA